UUUCUUCUCCUUUAUUUCAUUUAACACAAGCCCCAAAUUUAGAGCUCAAAUAUAUGAGGAAGCUGUAACAGUGCAUAUUAGGUCACAAAUCACCACAUGGGAGUUACACAAUUUUAUUUGAACCAAAAAAAAAAAAAAAAAAAAAAAAAGAAAUGCUAACGGAACGUACAACAUGGAUAAAAUGGAUUUGCCCUUUAUUCUAAACUAAAAUCUAUUUCAGGCGUAAUGUGAUGUUUCACUGGUGCCUUUUUGGGGCUCUUAGCAAGUGCAGCUUUCGUUUCAUUAACCAGUUCUGGCAUCCUUGCUUAUAAAAAAGUGCAAGCAACCGAAUCUGAGAGUCAGUGGCGAGGAGUGCUCUGUUUACAGUGGGGGCACCUGUCAUUCGAUUGUCAGGUCCUCUUCGAUUUAGUUCUAUUGGUCAGCCCCUUCCCUUUCAUCAAAUAUCACACUACUCGUUUAGCUAUCGCUCUUGGAUUACAGGGGCAUGCUGGAAGCUGAACUCAGGGCUCCCGUUGGAGAGAGAGAGAGAAUGCAGGCCUGGAGAAAUGAGUUACUAAAGAAAAUGUCUUUGUAGCCUUAGAAAUGAACUGUCAACUUUUAUAAGUAAAAAAGACUGUCCUCCUUUUUCUGGGACCAACUGGUCCGCAGCGUUCUUUUUUGGACUUGCACAAAAGAAAAAAACAAACCUUUCCUAACCACAGAUUUAAAUCCACCACUUUCUCUUAACUUUCUUAAACAUUCACAGCAAGAAAACUUCAGCUGAAUUGUUUUCCUGUGUUUUGUACUGCAUUUGAAUUCCCAAGCCCUUCUCGAAUGAGUUUUUGCAAGAAAAAUCGGGUGUUUGUAUUCAGACUUGGUUUGUACUCGGUACAUUUUUUUUUUCUAAAUUAACUUACCAUAAAUUCGAGUGGGAUUCUCAAGACAUAGCAAAUGAUUUAGCAUAAAAGAAAAGUAUACUGCAUGGAUUUAGAUCCCUAGUCUCUACCGAAAGUCUUGCCUGCCAGUCUUGCAUGACUUUGACUCUUGACUAUUUUCCAGUCUGAUCAAUCCCCAAAACAUAAAAGCAAACAAGAAGACACCUACAUACAUGAAAAGAUAAACAAAGGAAGAAAACCAAAAAAAAAAUUGUAUCAGAGAUGGACUAUUUCAUCUUAUUUUUUGUUCUCCCAUACUUUUUCAGUGUCUGCUCCGCCCAACCUCCUCCUUCGAUUUCAAAGGCCAGCACCAUAUUCUACCUUAAUUCAAGCCUUCCUUGGUACAACAAUACUUCAACCAAUAUGACUCUCAAUGGGGAUGAUGGAUCAAAGCUAAGGGUAGUCCUCUCAAGUCGAAACAACCCUACAGCUAACAUGACACCACCCAACACCCUUGGUUUUGUUUGUGGAUUCUACUGCAUAGAUAGCUGCAAUGAAUACUUGUUCUCGCUUGCCGUUGUUGGUGCAGAUAUUCCAAGUGUAGUUUGGUCAGCAAAUAGAGACCAUCCAGUGCAGGAGAACGCGACCUUACAACUAACAGGAGAUGGCGAUUUGGUGCUACGAAACUCAAAUGGCACCAAGGUGUGGUCAACCAAUACUGCAGGAACCUCUGCACAGGAGUUAAACAUCAGUGCAUCAGGAAACUUGGUCCUCCUUAGCGAUAAAAGAGACAUUGUUUGGCAAUCUUUUGACCACCCUACCGAUACACUACUCAAUGGCCAGCGCUUAAACGAGGGCCAGAGAUUAACUGUGAGUGCCUCUAAAUCCAAUUGGACCAGGGGAUUGUACUAUGCCACAUUAACCUCAGCCUCUGGUUUUGCAACAUACACCAAAGUGGAUCAAGGCCCCCCAUUGAUGUAUUAUCAAUUGGUACCCAAUCAGAGUUUGAGCAGUAGUAGUAGUGACAGAUUCGAUUAUGCAGAAUCUACACGAGGAGGGCUUCUUGUCAACUUGGGAACAUCUCAGGAAAUAUUUGGAAAAACUACGGUCUAUAGACAUGAUUCCUACAUUGAGUAUCUAAGACUUGAUAGUGAUGGACAUUUGAAGAUAUAUCAAUAUGAUGAUGCAAGGGGAUUCAAUGAGGUUCUUGAUUUGGUUAGCAAUGACCUAGGCGUAUGUCAAUAUCCUCGCAGAUGUGGAGAAUAUGGAGUAUGCAGAGAAGGGGAAUGUACUUGUCCAUUAGGCCAAGACAGAGUUCAGUAUUUUGACCAGAGUCGACUGCAGUUACCCAAUCAGGGCUGCUCUAGAAUAACCCCUUUGUCUUGUCAACCUUCCCCUGAUAAACACAAGCUUGUCGAGGUAAAAUAUGCUACCUACUUCAAUGUCAUCGAUUCAGCUGCUGCACUUCCAAAUAUCCAAGAUAUAAACGGAUGCAGGGAGGCUUGCCUAAAAGACUGUUCUUGUGGUGCAAUCUUUUUCAGAUAUGACAACAUUUCAAAUGGAUAUUGUUUUAUGCCACCUGAGAUCUUGUCAAUUAGAGAAGGGCAAAUUCCAAAUCACAAUUUCAUGACAACCACAUACAUUAAGAAAAAGAACGAAGAUGACGAGGAAGACUAUAUCAGGCAUGUCCCAGGGCUGCCUAUGAGAUUUUCAUAUGAAGAACUACGCAUUGCAACAGAGGAUUUUAAGGAGAGACUUGGUAGCGGAGGAUUCGGGACUGUGUUCAGAGGAAUGCUAGGAGAUGUUUGUGGGCGGAAAAAUUUGGAUCACCAUCGAUCAGAAUCUAGCUCACACUUGCUUAGUCUCUUGCAGAAGGCGGGCAAAGAGGAUAAACUACUUGACAUAGUUGAGCACCUGGAGAAAGGCAUGGAAGAUCAUAGAGAAGAAAUGGUGAGUAUGAUAAAGAUUGCAGCAUGGUGUUUGCAAGAUGAUCACAAGAGGAGGCCUUCCAUGUCAACAGUAGUGAAGGUCUUGGAAGGGGUAAUUGGGGUGGAUCCAGACAUCAGCUAUAACUUCAGUCAUGCUAAGGAGUUUCACAUUGUGGUAGAAGACCAUGCUUCCACACCACCACAAGCUUCUGCUCUUUCUGGUCCAAGAUGAAAUGGUGAUAUACAGUAAACUGCAAAGACAAUCACAACAUUCCUAAAGAUCUCAAGGUGUGAAAACCACUUCUAGAUGUUCUACUUGUGGGUGGGUCCUGGAUCUUGUACUUUUAGCUGGUUAGUAGUUUUUGUACAAUUUUCUCCACCAAUGGAC